AUGGUCGGCAGGUUCUCGCUUCCGAGCCUGCCGAGCAUCCCGGCAUUGUCGGACCUGCUCGACACCUCGCCCCAAGUCUUCUAUCCCCCCUCGCGCCCAGCCUCACGCUCAUCGACCACCGCAACAUCCGCCGUCUCCUCGUCCAACGUCUCCUCAUGCCCCUCCUCACCUCGCCGGCGUCCCGUAGCGUUCCCCGAUGACCGUGGGCCUUCUCCCCUUCCCCCACCGCCAUUCUGGGCAGGCACAGCACAUCCGCACAUCGAGGCGCCGCUCGGCGCCCGCGAGAAGCCGUUGAGUCAACUGCCCCGGCGGCAGUCGUCGCUCGGACCCCCAGCAGACUCACAAUGGCUCUCUGCCCGUCCAAGCCACAGAAGAAGCCAGAGCGCCGCUCCUACAUCCUUCACCUUUGCGCCUUCCACCGCCCCACCACUACGCGUCGAGCCGCGUAACCUGCACCCCUCCUCUUCUGCCAUCUCUCUCCCUCCUCUGGCGGAGAACGACGCACUCAACGCCAGCCCCAGUCGGCUCAUGCCACCACCACCAGUCGACCUGGAGCGACGAAAACACAACAGGCGAUGGUCGUUGAUCGGGCCCGCACCGGCGGAGCGCUCACGUCGCCGCGCCCAGUCAAGCGUGACCAUGACUUCGGUUCCCGGUAUCGGUACUUUUGUCGAGCCACCCCUUCCAGAACGCCUACGGCGACGACACUCGCAGAUUGUCGGCCUGCCCAGCGCACCCGUGCUAUCCAAGCCACCAACCCCCGUGUGCCCAACCACGCCGCGCUCGCGUCGCAGCUCCAUCGUCUCACUCACCUUGUCGGAUGGCAUGACGGCCUCUCCCUCCCGCGCGCACUCGUCCGUCAGUGUCAGCGACGUCGCUGCUCUUGCGACCUGGUCCGAGGAGCCCUCGUCGCCCUCGCCGACCCGGCGGCGCGACUCAGUCUCCAGCCCUAGCGAGGCCUUGCGUGCCCGCCUCCGCACCCUCAGCAAGCUCGAGGGCCGCGAGUGUCCCUCGACUCCACCACGGCGGCGCAACACAGUCACAUCGCCGCACAGCACCAACGUCACACCCGGUCACGGCACACCUGCGACACCAGGCAGCUCCACACCAACGACGAGCUCCCACUCGCACUUUCCUCCGCCCUCGCCGACGCCAACGCGCCGCCGUAUCAUGCACAGACACUCCCUCUCUCUUCCAGUCGCGGAGGAGUCGCGGCCCACGACCAGCCGUCUCCGCCAGCCCGCGCAGCUGUCCAUGGCGCCAGGCAUCGAGCACCUGCCACACCGGCCCCGCCCGCGCCCGUCGAGCAUGCUCGGCCUGCCCUCGCCCCUCUUAGCCUCAUCUCCAGGCAGCUUAGUCAGCGACACGGGCUCGUCCUCGCCUACCGCGAGCAUUGAGAGCCUCACUCUCUCCCCCGCCUGGCUCAACUUAAACCUCACCUUAUCGGCGCAACAGAAGCGCUCCAGCGUCAGCUCGGAACGCAGCCGCGAGCGCGAUCGCAACGACCGCAAGCGUAACUCGAUCAGCAGCAUCGCAUCCGUGCCCGUCUCGCGCAGAGGCUCGCACGCCAGCAAUUACGACUGGCGCCGGCCGCCGGCCACACUCUCCACCUCGCGCCCCUCCGUGUCCAUAUCAGAUGACACGGACGGCGAGCGUUUCCUCGACUUUGACGACAUUUAA